AAUAUCUGUCACCACCCUCCAUUCUCUCUUCUCUCUUGCCUCUUCACACCUCACCUAUUUUCUCCUUCCUCACUACGAAAGACCCCGCCUGUACGAUCAUCCCACAGAACUACCACCUUGAUGCCUGCAACCUCAAGAUGAAUGGCGCAGCAUGGCUGACCCAACUGAUGGACCUUGAAAUAAACACCACAACCAUCCACGACUAUGGGCCAACUCGGCGACCUUUCGCCUCAGGGCACCAUUGCCGUCGGUAUUGUCGUCGGCCUGUUGUCCACCUCGAUCCAAAGCCUGGGACUUACCCUCCAGCGCAAGUCGCAUAUGAUUGAAGAUGCCAAACAAGACUUGGAGACAAGAAGACCCCCUUAUAAGAGGCGAAAAUGGCAGUUGGGAAUGUUCAUGUUCGUCAUCUCGAACCUCGUCGGCAGUACCAUACAAAUCACUACUUUGCCUCUUCCGGUCCUGUCAACCCUGCAGGCUUCAGGGCUGGUAUUCAACACAGCAUUUGCGACUCUAUUGCUAGGAGAACCAUUCACUCGUUUUUCCCUCUUGGGCACGGUCUUGACAUGUUCCGGGGCAGCACUCAUAGCGACCUUUGGGGCCAUUGGCGAGCCAGCCCACAACCUACAACAAUUACUACACCUCCUCAAUCGGAGGAACUUCAUAAUCUGGAUGGUUGGGACAAUGAUUGUGGCAGUAUCGACCAUAUUGUUUGCGCACGUCUUGAGAAUGUGGUCAUCCAAUCGACACAUUGCGCAAAGCCUACCGAAGUCUGAAAGACCAAGAUCGGCAUCUUCAAGUUCGAGGCCACAGCUAAGCCUCUCCACCACUUUCACUACUCAACUACCUCAGCAUCUCAAGAUCAAAGUCAACCGUUUACGCCUGAUUCGCGGCUUGUCGUACGCUCUCAUAUCCGGCAUUCUCUCAGCACAUUCACUCCUGGUUGCUAAAUCCGCCGUUGAACUACUUGUUCGCACGAUCGUUGACCACAACAACCAGUUCAAUCGCUUUCAAUCCUGGCUUAUCCUAAUUGCUCUGCUUUUCUUCGCCUUGACUCAAUUAUAUUACUUACACCUCGGUUUGAGAUUGUGCAGUACCAGCGUUUUAUACCCCUUCGUCUUUUGUGUUUACAACAUUAUUGCCAUUCUAGAUGGUCUGAUCUAUUUCCAACAAGCAUCAAGACUAAGUGUGCUGCAUGCCUGUCUGGUGGCAUUGGGAACGGUCAUAUUGCUCCUUGGUGUCCUGUCUCUUUCGUGGAGAUUAGAUGACAUAACACCUUCAGAAGCUGCUCCUCAAGCAGUUCCUCCUCGAACACCACUUACUCCGGGCUUAGGAUUGGUUCAAUCCGCGUCCGACGACCAAUCUUUGUACUUGCCGAAUGGAAGAAAAGGAAGCUCAACAUCACUUAUGAGAUCUUCGGUAGAUGAGCAAACCCCCCUACUGGGCGCUCGACCUCGCGCUGCGACUGGAUCAUCUAGGCGCAUUUCUGCUACAGAUACAGAAGAUAUCUGGGCACAACUCGAUGAUGAGGCGCGUCAAGAUGACUAUCUGGCAUCUCUCCCUCGUGCUCCGGGUCCCUUUCCCUCGAUCAAGAACCCCAGAACCCGACGCAGGGGCGAAUCAGGGUCAUCACAAGCCAUUUCUACUGGGAGCCGACCGAGUUCGUCAGGCUCCAGAGAGGAAGGACAGAAAGAUAACACCAAAGCAACCGAUUUCCAGCCAAAGGGAAACGCCGCGCAUCGAAGAAACAGCAGUGCACCCCGGACUGGAGUUGGGACACAUUACCAUCAAGGUGGCAGGCAUUCAAGUACAUCUGUACGCUUCGCCGAUGAUGAGGAGCGAAGGACUGAUCCAAAGCGUGCGAGUCGAAGUCGCUUUGACCAGAGUGGUGGAAAUGACGCAGAUGGUUCCUGAGCGAGAAUGAAUGGUCGAGAUGAUUCUAGAUUAGAGCGAGCGUGGCUUUUCCACAUACAGUCUUUUUCGGAUUUACGGCCUAGUAAUAUGAAUGCAUGAUGCAAAUUGUGAACUUCCCC